AUGAAUGGGGUCAGUAGAAUGCUAUUGGCAACUAAAUCUGCAAUUAUUAAACUGCAAGAACUUUAUUUUAAGCACGGAAAUAAAAAGGCAUUGCAAUUGAAAGUAACAAGUGGUGGCUGUUCUGGGUUUCAAUACAACUUUUCGUUGGCAAAUCCAUAUAAUAAUUUGAGAAUUGUAUCAGAGCUCCCGAAUUGUAUGCCUGUAGUUGCCGAUGAUGAUAGUAUCAUGUUGGUUUCUGGAGCAAAAAUUGAUUAUGUUACCAGUAUUGUAGCUAGGAAGUUUAUAUUAAUAGAUAUACCCAAAGUGUAUUCCGAAUGUUCAUGCGGAAACAGCUUUGAAACCGCUUGA